CACGUCAUUCGUCCUACCGGUGGUUUUAUAAAUUUCUGUUGUGAUAUUCCGUGGAAAAUCUCUGAGAGGUAAAAAGGGAAAUUAAAUCGAAGAAACAGGCAAUCAGUAGUUCUUGAAUCAUUGUACGCGAUGGUCGAAGACUGCGCACUGGCGUAUUACAGUUUCCCUAGAAUUCUCUUAACAAUGACAGGACUUUGGCCAUAUCAGAACACGAAAUUCAUCGUUUUGAAAAACUGCUUUAUCAGCUUCAAUUUCUUUCUGUUUAUCGUGGCUCAGUGUAUGGUCUUGAAAACCGGGGAAUUCAUGCUAAAGUACGUUUCGUUCGUGCUCAUGAACUUGGCUUCUUUUGCAAGGUACAAUAUAAGUUGGUACCAACUUCCUACAAUGAAGAAGUUUAUGGACAAAGUAAGGCGCGACAUGGAAAUGGAACAGGGCGAGGCACUUCAAAUUAUGAAGAAACACGCUUACAUGGCGAAAGUCUACGGCUUACGAUUCGGAUCGGUUUUUUAUCUCCCAUUAGCAUACGGUCUACUCUGUCAUACGUCACUCUUUGUUUAUGAGAAAAUUGUACCGACGAACGGAACUCGUCUGAAGAGAUUUCCCAUAAGUGCGGAUUACCUGAUACUUGAUGACAAGUAUCAUUUACUCCCGUUUCUACAUAUGAACUUCUCGUUGAUAAUUUUGGUAACUGUUUCCACGGGAACGGAAACGUUAGCGAUCCUCGUGUUGAAACAUGCUGCCAGUUUGAGCGAAGUUGCCAGCUGUCCACAUCGCAAUCCGAAUUACUUUCAUCCGAAUUCGAAGAAGCACUUGCCAGCAUCUUAUAUAUCAUUUGCGAAUUAGUGUAUAUGUAUUGCAUGAAUUACUUGUGCGAAGAAGUGUAUGAUUACUAUAACAACUUUUCCAUGGAAAUUUUCCACGACAACUGGUACGAAACUACUGUAGCAACGCAAAAGCUAUUGUUGAACAUGAUGUUGAGAACCAGCAAGACAUUCUCGUUCAACAUUUUCAAUUGUUACACCGCCACAGUAGAGGGCUUUUCAACGGUAUUCGUUUAUAAUUAAUAUUAAUUAAUAUUUCUUAGUUAACGUAGGUACAGUGAUCUGUGAAAAUGAUUUAUCUUUCAGCUGCUGAAAACCUCAGUGUCGUAUUUUAUGAUGAUUUCGUCCAUGCAGCAGUAAUACUCUGUUCGAUGAUGAUGCAAGAAAUAUUCAAUUAAAUAGCACUCAAUAAAAAGUUCAGUUUCUACACACAAAAAAACGUGUACUGGCUAUCAUUCCUAGUUACAGGCUGUUAAUUUCGAAAAAACUGAAAAUUUUGUGCUUUAAUUUUAUUUCAACAGGAGCAGCUAUUUAGUGAAUCUUAUGAUCUGAUC